UGUCGAAGCGUUUGCGGCUUUUUAGUUGAAAGUUAAUAAUAUUUUGGUGUAAAAGAUUUACAAUAACAACUAAUGUGUAGACUCAAAGUUUUAUAAAUGAAGAUGAACGCUACAAGCUUGUAUGUUUCUACGUGUCGUUUAAUAAUCUUAGCAGACCCGGCGGAUAAAAGUUCGUGGACAGAUUUGUUUCGUUUAGUUCCUUAUUUACGACAAUCGUUGUCUUGUACUGUCUGCGGUAAUUUAUUAAAAGAACCGUAUACGCCUACAAAUUCAAGUUGUCAACAUCAUGUUUGCAAGAAUUGCAAGGGCGGGAGAAAAAAAUUAAAACCAUCCUGCAGUUGGUGUAAGGAUUACGAUAAUUAUUCCGAAAACUUACAACUACGAAUACUACUUCAAUGUUAUAAAAAGCUUUGUGAAUAUUUUAUGGGCACCGAUACGUUCAAGACUUUAUUAGAAGAAGACGAAAUAGCGGCUGGUAUUAAUGGUGGGACUGUAGCUAGCUCAGGUUUGAUAGACUUAAUUCAAGAAGCUGCCAGAUUCGAUGAUGAUUUUAAAUGUAACGCAGGACUUUCCAAAUCUGCCUAUAGCAUAUUACCAUGUGUCUAUACAAAUUCCACAUCAACGCAAACACAGGUGGCAUCAUCAAGUAGUAUGGAAACAAGAUCAUCAAAUAAAGGAUCACCAAAUACAAGAGGUUUAUCUAAUGGAUCUCCGCUUUAUUCAGUAAUGUACGCUGGUUCUGGUAAUAAGAUUACCAUUAAAAGGAAAGCUGUGGAAGAAUCAGAAAUAUCACAAAGUGAGCCAAGCCCACGCGAAAGCAAGUCUAAUCAAUUAGGUUUUAAAAAGCCAUCAAAUAGGUCUCGGAAUUCUUCAAGUAGUAAGCGCAAAGGCUGUCGUUGUGGCAAUGCAACGGCUACACCAGGAAAGCUAACAUGUUGUGGCCAGCGGUGUCCAUGCUAUGUUGAAAGUAAACCGUGUACGGAAUGUAAAUGUAAAGGCUGCCGAAACCCCCAUAGGCCUGAUGGCAUGAAGGUUCGUCCACAUAUACCUCAAUUAGAUAGCAUCCAAAUAACAUUGAACACAAACCCUGACAGUUCUCCAUCGUGUUCUGGAUCCAUGGAUAGCCUGGACACAGAUACACUCACCAUGGAAGCUAUGGAGGAAUCUCUCAGUUUCACUACGGACUAUAAGUCUUCCGAUAUUAAAGUGUACACAAGCCAACUCCAAGAAGUAUCACCGUCCUUGCCAGCGACAAUUUUAAUGGACGAUGAGUUACCCGCCUCUCCGGAGGACGAACUAAGUUCGCCCUGCGACUACACGCAAUGCUCGCCCCGAGGGACCAACGACACAGAAACAUCCCCCCAUUCAGCCACACAGGAUAUGACAAGCGACAUUGAAGUUGAUGUAUGACAACAACUUUCUCUAGCGGGUGACUAGACCGCAGAAUGUGAACUAAGUGAAAUAAUGACAAUAUAACUGUGUUGCUAGUCACAUAAUGCGAAAUGGAUUUUAGUAAACGUUUAGUUGAUAGAUACUUCGUUAAGUCUUCUAUGUAAGUAAUGAAUUUUGUUAGUUAUAAUUAUGCUGUAUGUAUUAUAUUUUUGGAUCUUCCAAAUCUUUAAACUACAGUAAACGGAAUGUAGUUAAGUUAUUACAAAUAAUAUGUUAUAUUAUUUAAUCACAACUCUUAUUGUGUUUCAUCAAUAAUUGUGUAUUAUUCGAAUAUUUUGAAUUGAGCUUGUCAAUUUUUUCCCCAUCGUAAUUGUUGCAUAUUCUAUAUGCUUCAUACUUUUCAUAGGUAUGGUAUUUGUUUAUAAAAAGAAAUUAUUAUAUAUUUACAACAUAAUCUUUAAUCAGAAUUCGCACUUUUCAAAUGUAACAACGUAUUAAUUUGUAUCUUCUUAAAAUUGCGAUUUAUAAUAUAAGUUAACGAGAUGGCUACGCCCAAAGGAACUCACACUUACCGUUUUUAAAUUAUCGUGUGUCACUACAAAUACGUUUUUUAUCUUCCAUAUUAUUAAAAUUGAAAAACCUUUAAUUAGAAACAAAGAAAUAUACAACAAAUGGUUGAAUGUACAUACAUAUUAAAAUAUAAAUAUAUUUUGUUUUCUUACAAAUUGAAAUGAAUAGUUGUAAUACUGUAAAUAAUGAUAUGCU